AUGAGAACAUCUUCUGCGAUUUUGGGGCUUUACGUUCUUGCUACAAGUGCGUUGCUUGCACUUGGUGCCACUUUCACCAAUCCCAUUAGGGACGAGAAUGGUUCUGACCCGUGGAUGACAUAUUUUGAUGGAUAUUAUUAUUUGACCACCACUGAGUGGACCGAUGUCACCAUCACCCGCGCCACUACGGUUGAAGGACUGAAGACCGGUGAGACAACUGUCGCAUUCUCGACGACAGCCACUGCAUACUGUUGCAACGUCUGGGCUCCUGAAAUCCACCUCGUGAACGGCAUCUGGUACAUUUACUAUGUCGCCGGAACGUCCGAUGCCGCCAACCAACACAUUCAAGUUCUCGAGGGCAAUGCUGAUUCACCCUGGGGCCUUAUACCUACGCCGGUACGUCGAAUCGUCAUCCCGAACCGUGACGUCUGGUCCAUCGAUCCGACUAUUAUGGUGCUCUCUUCUGGCCAAUAUUUGGUUUAUAGCUCGUUCAAUGGGGAUCUUCAAUCCCUGUAUAUUGCGAAAAUGACCGACGCCCUCACCGUUGGCGAUGCAGUUCUCAUUUCCGAGCCAACUUACUCGUGGGAGACUGAAGGUAACCCCGUCAACGAAGGUCCCGUUGCACUGUAUCAUGGCGGUAGGACCUGGCUCGUCUACUCUGCCUCUUACUGCUGGAACAACUACAAGCUUGGAAUGCUCGAACUUGUCGGAUCGGAUCCUAUGGUAGCCUCCAACUGGGUGAAGAACCCCGAACCCAUCUUUCAGGCCGCAGAUGGCGACUAUGGACCGGGACACAACUAUUUCUUCAUUUCUCCGAACGGAGAAGACAUAUGGAAUGUAUUCCACGCUUCUCCGACCUCGACUGUAGCGUGCGAUGGAACACGCAGAACUUUCGUCCAGCCCGUCAACUGGAAUUCCGAUGGUACGCCGAACUUGGGCAGUCCCAUUGCGCCUGGGGUGGCGGUUACGGAACCGGCGUAA